UGCGCGCCGAGGGGCGGGGCCCGUCGGCAGUUGCUGGCGAGCCCGGGAGGCCGAGAAGGCUGUCGUUCCCUCGGCCGUCGCAUCCCCGAGGGAGUCGUGUUCGCGUGCCCCCGACCCCCAAGCUCGCCGAUCGCCCCCGAGGCUCCUGUGUACGCUCCUGACCUCGCCAGCCGCUCGCCGCUCGCCUGCGGACCGUGCCUUCUGCAUCAUGUGCGGUAUAUUUGCUUACUUAAACUACCAUGUUCCUCGCACAAGACGAGAAAUCUUGGAGACCCUAAUCAAAGGCCUUCAGAGACUGGAGUACAGAGGCUAUGAUUCUGCUGGUGUGGGAGUUGAUGGAGGCAAUGACAAAGAUUGGGAAGCCAAUGCCUGCAAGAUCCAGCUCAUUAAGAAGAAAGGGAAAGUUAAGGCACUGGAUGAAGAAGUUCACAAGCAACAGGAUAUGGAUUUGGAUAUAGAAUUUGAUGUACACCUUGGAAUAGCUCAUACCCGUUGGGCAACACAUGGAGAACCCAAUCCUGUCAAUAGCCAUCCCCAGCGCUCUGAUAAAAAUAAUGAAUUUAUUGUUAUUCACAAUGGAAUUAUCACCAACUACAAAGACUUGAAAAAGUUUUUGGAAAGCAAAGGCUAUGAUUUUGAAUCUGAAACAGACACAGAGACAAUUGCCAAGCUUGUUAAGUACAUGUAUGACAACCGGGAAAGUCAAGAUAUCAGUUUUACUACGUUGGUGGAGAGAGUUAUCCAACAAUUGGAAGGUGCUUUUGCACUGGUAUUUAAAAGUGUUCAUUUUCCUGGCCAAGCAGUUGGCACAAGACGAGGUAGCCCUCUCUUGAUUGGUGUACGAAGUGAACAUAAACUCUCUACUGAUCACAUUCCGAUUCUCUACAGAACAGCUAGGACUCAGAUUGGAUCAAAAUUCUCACGGUGGGGAUCACAGGGAGAAAGAGGGAAGGACAAGAAAGGAAGCUGUAAUCUCUCUCGUGUGGACAGCACAACUUGCCUUUUCCCUGUUGAAGAAAAAGCAGUGGAAUAUUACUUUGCAUCUGAUGCAAGUGCUGUCAUAGAACAUACCAAUCGCGUCAUCUUUCUUGAAGAUGAUGAUGUUGCAGCGGUGGUGGACGGCCGUCUUUCUAUCCAUCGAAUUAAACGAACUGCAGGAGAUCACCCUGGACGAGCUGUGCAAACCCUCCAGAUGGAACUCCAGCAGAUCAUGAAGGGCAACUUCAGUUCAUUUAUGCAGAAGGAAAUUUUCGAGCAGCCAGAGUCCGUCGUAAACACGAUGAGAGGAAGAGUCAACUUUGACGACUAUACUGUGAAUUUGGGCGGUUUGAAGGAUCACAUUAAGGAGAUCCAGAGGUGUCGGCGUUUGAUUCUUAUUGCUUGUGGGACAAGUUAUCAUGCUGGUGUAGCAACACGUCAAGUUCUCGAAGAGCUGACUGAGUUGCCUGUUAUGGUGGAGCUUGCCAGUGAUUUCCUGGAUAGAAACACACCAGUUUUUCGAGAUGAUGUUUGCUUUUUCAUUAGUCAGUCAGGUGAGACAGCAGACACCCUGAUGGGUCUUCGGUACUGUAAGGAGAGAGGAGCUUUAACUGUGGGGAUCACAAACACGGUGGGCAGUUCCAUAUCAAGGGAGACAGACUGUGGAGUUCACAUUAAUGCCGGGCCCGAGAUUGGCGUGGCCAGCACAAAAGCUUACACCAGCCAGUUUGUGUCCCUUGUGAUGUUUGCCCUCAUGAUGUGUGAUGACAGGAUCUCCAUGCAAGAGAGACGCAAAGAGAUCAUGCUUGGAUUGAAGCGGCUGCCUGAUUUGAUCAAGGAAGUAUUGAGCAUGGAUGAUGAAAUUCAGAAACUGGCAACGGAACUUUAUCAUCAGAAGUCAGUCUUGAUAAUGGGACGUGGCUAUCAUUAUGCUACUUGUCUUGAAGGCGCACUAAAAAUCAAAGAAAUCACUUAUAUGCACUCUGAAGGCAUCCUUGCUGGUGAAUUGAAACAUGGCCCUCUGGCUUUGGUGGAUAAGUUGAUGCCUGUCAUCAUGAUUAUCAUGAGAGAUCACACUUACGCCAAGUGUCAGAAUGCUCUUCAGCAGGUGGUUGCAAGGCAGGGACGCCCAGUGGUGAUAUGUGAUAAGGAAGAUACCGAGACCAUUAAGAACACAAACAGAACAAUCAAGGUGCCCCACUCCGUGGACUGCUUGCAGGGCAUUCUCAGUGUGAUCCCCUUACAGUUGCUGGCUUUCCACCUUGCUGUGCUGAGAGGCUAUGAUGUUGAUUUCCCCCGGAACCUUGCCAAAUCUGUAACUGUAGAAUAAGGAGCAUCUGCAACUCUGGGCGAUUGAGCAACACAAGACACCUUUUGUAUUUAACACCUUGAUUUAAAGUAGCACCCCUCAAAGCCUUUUUUAGUAAAUCCUUAUUUAUAUAUCGGUUAUAAUUACUCCACUCAAUUUGUGAUUUUUGUGAAAUUACCUCAUAUUUUUCCAGUAAUUUGUGGGGGAGUUUAAAUAAUGGAAUUUAUAUUGGAAUUGUUCACAAAGAGAUUUAGCUCUCAUUUUCUUUAAAGGAUGCUGGAUGUUGGAUUUCUGGGUCCUCCACUUCAGCCUGGGAGGACUGUGUGUUUUUAGAAUAAUUGGCCUUUGUUUUACCGAGCUUCUAUUCAUUCAGCUCAAAGAAAGUGUAGUACAUUUAAUUGGAUAUCUGAAGCCAGCAGCAAUGUAUGCUAAUACUUGGACAUUUAAUUAAGGUCUUGCUAAGUUUACGUGUAAAGAGAAGAUGCUGUGAUUUGUUUUGAAGUUUGUGUUUUGGUUUUAAAUCAAACUGUAGAACUUAAAAAGUGAAAGCUUUUCUUGGUGGAAUUUCUUGGUGGGAUUUCUAUGUAAGUUACAUUAACCUGAGUCUCUCAGACCUGUUGCUUGUUAGGUGGAAGUUGAGUUCACUUAGGAAGCUAGAGUGUAGUGCAUUGGUUUUUCUCCAGUUCUUAACAGCAAGUUAUUUGCACAAUCUCAUAGCACAAACUUUUAAAUUUGAGCUGCUUUAGACAACUGACAACAUGGUUUUCAGUGUGAAGAUGGGGGACAUACAGAUGGGGUGUCGUCCUCCUGGUUUUUCCAUUUUCUAAAACUGGUUUCUAUUUUCUAAUAUCUGUAGUUUUUUUGUUUUGUUUUGUUUAAUGACUGCUGAAUGACUUAGUUUAUCUUAUUCUUUGAAAUUACCACACAAAGUUGUUACCAAAUGUCUGAGAUUAAAUCAGUACUGAUAUAUGUAGAUUUCUCUUUAAUUUUGCCCUGAGGAAAAUUGUCUUGUAGUGAAUUUUAGCUUUUUACUGCCUUGUUGCAUAAACUAGUACCUUUGCGCCAGGUGGAAGUUCUCUGUAGUUUGGAAGAUUUGCAAGUUUUUUGACUAAUCACUUGACUCUAAGUGUGUAUGCUGGGCUAGGCUUCGAGAAAGCCAUAUGCUUUACACUGAGACUAGUGAAGGAUUGCAUCAAAUAUAAUGUUACUUCCUAGGUAUUUUUCUCUAUUAUCUGUGUUUUACUCCUGAAAUAUAUUUAGGAAUGAAGAAGAUAUGAAUAAAUAAAGUGAAAUUGAGGUGCCUUCAGCUGGUUUACAUCGGAAAUGGAAAUUAACAAUUUAGAUUAAAAUAGAGUAGAAUAUUGGUUUGACACCCAAAAUGUCUUGAGUAAUAAUUUCCCCAUGGGGUUUUUUUUGCCAAAUCUUGGGGGUUAUAGGGCAGCGUGUCUGUGUUUUGGUGAAGUCCUUCUCUUUUUAAAGUUUUCACUUUUAAAUUGUGAAGAUACUUAGCAUAAUUAUUUAAGUAAGUUCAGCCUUUUUCUUUUUUCUGUGUUUGAAUUUCUUGAUGAGGUUAAGAUGUUCUAAAAGCAAUUGCUGCAAGUGCAGCACAGAGUUCCGCUUGUGUAUUAGGGUUAGAAAAAAUACUUUGCAUAUUUUGAGGUACUUUGGAAGGACUGUCAUAGACGGAGACUAGAAACCUGAUUGUUUCUAAAAAUAAAGUAAGGUUACUAUUUACAUCUUAUAUAUAGCUACUAUGGCUAUAUCUAUGUAUUUUAAAUGUUUCUGAGAUUAUUUUGUUUAGGCUUGCUAAUUUUAGUAUAUGUUUAGAGUCAUUUCUUCUGUUUGUUAAAUUAUGCAUUUUAUGUUUCUGAUUUGUAUGGGUUUGGCAUUUCCUAAUGGCCUAAAAAGUUUGAAUCAGCAUCCUAAGUGAACAAAUAUGUGAAAUCAAUCAUUAGUUUUCAGUUUCUCUGUUUUUCUCUUCUAUGGCUGUCUGUCUGUCUCUCUCUUACACACACACACACACACACACACACACACACACACACACACACACUUCAAGCUAGGAUAUGUUCUGAAUUGAAUAUCAAAAGCUGAUAUUAAAGAACAAAGAAGUGGUAUUUUCCAAAUAAACACGGUUUCUCUUCAUCCCUUCUUGCUUCUUAUUUUAUUUAAUGUAGUGAUUUUUAAAUGCUUUUACACAUUAAUUAUGAACACAAAAAAUACUGUAAUGAGGCAAAUCACUAACAAGUACACAUGCCCAAUUAAAACCAAUGUAAUCUAGGAUAAGAAAACCUGAUUUUUCAAGAAAGAUAUUCUACAAAAGGAGUCCUUUAUAUAAAAAGUUCUUUCUUGUAGUACAUUUAAAGUUUAAAUUCAUUCAUAUGUAACUUAGAGUUUCUUAACUCAGCCAUGAGCCCUUUUUAGGCUGGGGUCAUGCGUAACCUCUAACACGUGGCCCAGUAAAUGAUUGUUACUCUGCAGUCAGCUUUUCUAUCUCUUUUAAAUUACCUAUGCCAUAGAUAUAAAUGAUAAGAGGAAAAUUAAUGUUAACUGUUUUUAGUUUGCUAUGUGUCAGCAUCCUAUUACGGGCAAGUCAGUGUGCAAGAAACUGAAAAGGAUAUCUUGUUUAAAGUAAAGUCUGCUUGUCACCAGGCCGUUUUAUCACCGGUGAAGAUUAAGAUGAUUGCAAGGCACAGGGUGAGAGAGUGGAAAAAUGGAGGUGAGCUGGGUUGUUAAAUGUUGUUAGCAGAUUUGUUCACUUAGACAGUGGUCCAAGUUUAGGGGCAUAUUAUGUUCAAAAGAGGUUAUUAAAUGCAUUUUGUAGAGUUAGCUAUUAUCACGGGCUGGUUAGACCAUAUAUCUGUGGUACUCCAAGGAACAGCAAAGGCGAAAUGCAGGUAAAAAGCAAGCAAACAUAGAUAGCACUCAAGGGGAGAUGACACAGGGUGGAGUGCAGAUGGGGCUGGGGGUUAAGAGAGCUAACACAGAUUUUCUGUCUUACGUUUUGUGGAAAGUUGUUUUUAAGAUGGUAGUGUCUUAUCCUUCUGAAUACAGGUCUCUUGGCCUAAGCUAAUAAUGAGGACAGGGGGAAAGGAGCCCCCGGCCCCCCCCCCCCCCCUUAAAGCUCCUUGGUGAUGUUCAUUUGGCACUUAUUUAUAUUAAAACCUUCAAAGAAGGAAGACCAGCUGAAGUGUUUGCUUUAACAAACAUUUUAAGAAGUCUUUUGGAGUCAGUGUUUUAUCUUAAAAAAAUUAGGAUAUACUGUAGCACUAAAAGGGAAAGACUAAUGUUAACUAUUUAUUGUAUAUUACAAUUUAAGUGAUUUUUCUAAAAGCACAAUGUCAUUGGAAAGUGUUUAUUGAAAAAGAAAUCAUAGCUCGCAUAGAAUUUGUGAAGGCCAAAGAAAUGGAAGGAAAUGGUAAAGGAAGAUAUUUUAGCCUUAUAUCCACAAAUUUAGUGGAUUUUGUAUACCAGACCACCGGAUAGAGUGUCUUAUCCAUGAAAACAUAUUUCAGAUUACUUUUUUUAACCUCAAGUUCAGAAAUACUAACACAUGAGUUUUUCUCACAAUAUUUAAGGAUAGUUAAAACAUCAGUAUUUCCCUAGCUUGAUGAAUUUAACCUUAUCUUCAGAUCUAUGACAUGACAACCAAUAGGACUGAUAACAUUAGCUUUGAACCAGUCAUUUCCAGGGUUAAAAUGAACAUCAUAGUUAACUAGCAAGACUGUAAAGUUAUGGUGGUGUAUUAACUUAUAAGUCUGUAAUAGCUUGAUAAUCAAUAUUGUGGAAUCUACCAUAAAUAAUGGCUAAUGAGAACAUUUUAGGAAAUUCUUGAAUUACCUUUCUUACGGUACUCAGAAUGAAUGUGGGAAUGAUCCUGUUAGCUUUUUAAAAUGUUCUGUGGCUAUUUUGUUUUCGCUUAAAUAAAACUUUUCAUAUUUGUGUAAGUUAUACUUUUUGUGAGCUGGAGAUUUUAGAAUCCUUGCUUUGUUUCAGUUUUCUGUUCUUUUAAGACGAAUGUUUAGUUUCCUGAGCCAGUUGGUCAUUUCUUCUUCAUGUCUUGUAAGUCCAAGAACUCUAACAGUGAACUGUGAAUAAGUUACCAAAACUUAGCGAGAAUUACAUUUUGAAGCAAUUUGCCAAUAUUUGAAGUGUGUACAUGUUGGUAGAUGUGUUAAAGAUUGUAUUGCACUAAGAAUGUAGCCAGUGUUUAGUUGUUAGUAAACUUCUCUAAUGCUAGAAGUUAAUCCGUUACUGUUGCUUUUUAAAAGAAGAGAUGAUUGCAUAAAUGUAAUCAAAAGUUACAUGUCUCCACUUCAACUUGCCAAUUGUUUUAGAAAGAAUCAUUAGGUAAAGCGAAGGCUCUAUAUUUUCUGAUGUCAUACUCCAUAGAUACUGUACCUUCUCAAGUGUUUUGAAUUUUUUUGUAAGGAUGUGUUUCUAGCGGAUUUCUGGUGUAUACAGUGAUCGACACUUUGCUUAAGUGAUAGUUGCAAAAGAAGGAUAUUUAAAAUGAGUAAGUAGCAAGACAGCCUGUCCUCUAAAUCUAAAGUUUCUGAAGUAUCUGGCAAUCUGUUAAUUAUAGAACAAAGCUUCCUUUUACAGGAUCGUUUUAUAAACAGCAAGCUAAAAUCUCUAUCCCUGGUGCUUACAGCACUCGCUGUGUUCUGCAGGAGACAGAGUUCUGCCAGGGUGGUUUGAAUGAAUAGCUGUGCUGUUUUGCCUUCCCAUAGAACUGAGCCCAGUCUCUCAGCUCUGUCUCCGUGUUGCUCUACAGCAAAGCCUGGGGCUGCCACACAGCACGGAUCACUUUUUCCAUGGGCCACGUUUUGGCAUAAAAUCCAGCUUUACUUUUAUUAAAUGGUUAUCUUUAAAUUCACCUCAAUUGGCUAUCAGUAAGUAUUUACCGAGUACUUAGUAAAGCCCAAGAAGUAAUUUCCCUAAAAAUUUAGAGGCCAGUUUGUCAUUGGGAGUGGCAUUUAAGAAAAAGGAAUUCUUUCAGUUUUUUGGAUGAGGAAAGAAGUAAGGGUUAAGUCUCCCUCACUGAUCUCUGUACGUAAAUAGUUCUUCCUUUUCAAAAAAAAAUGGUGUAGGAACUUUAUUAGCUUAAACAUCCUGGAGCUAUAAACUAAUCUUGUAAUAAUAUACAGACAGAUUGCCAGGUUACAGGUUAUUUAACCAGCUGAUCUGUUCCCCAGAAGUAUGUGUGUAAUCAGAAAAAUUCAUUGUUCUUUUUUUUUGGUUAGCAUGUGUACAAGAGAUUAUUUCUAAGAUUGAAAGGCCAUGUUUUUGAACUUCAUAUUAUUAAUGUGAUUCGUUGGCUGAAAUUCCAAGGUUCACUUAUUGUGUUUUCUCAAAUGUAUUUCUCCUAAUGCUGUUAUGUAGCCAUAUGUACCUUUUCGUAUUUCAAAAGAUUUUUGAAAAUGAAGUCUGGAUGUGCAGUUGAAAAUAUGGAAUAAAAAAUGGAGCUUGUAAACAA